AUGUUCGAGGAAAAGCUUAUCGUUGGCAUCGCAUCCGCCUGUUCUACUUUGGCCAUCGUCGCCUGCCUUGUAGUCAUCCCAAGCCUCUACAACACCAUCAAUGAGGUUCACGAUGAAGUUCUCGAUGGAGUUUCCGUCUUCCGUGUUGAAACUGACUCUGCCUGGACUGAGAUGAUGGACAUCCAAAUCACCGUUACCCCACCAUCCAAGCCAAAGCAAAACCCAUUCAACUCUAUCUUCCGUCAGAAGAGACAGGACUUCUCUGGACUCCCAGCCUGGUGCCAAUGUGAGCCAACCAAGCCAACUUGCCCACCAGGACCUCCAGGACCACCAGGAGAGCCAGGACAGCCAGGAAACCCAGGACCACCAGGACCACCAGGAGAGGACAACACCUCUACCUAUGCUCCAAUCAACUGCCCAGCUCCACCAAGCGACUGCGUCAAGUGCCCAGCCGGACCUGCUGGACCACAAGGACCCGAUGGACCAGCUGGACCAGCCGGACCAGACGGACAACCAGGACAACCAGGACAAUCUGGACAAGACGGAGCUCCAGGAGCCCCAGGACCAGUCGGAGAUGCUGGAACCCCAGGAAACCCAGGACAAGACGGAGCUCCAGGAGCCCCAGGACAAGACGGACAACGUGGAAAGGGAGCCCCAGGACCACAAGGACCAUCUGGACCAGCUGGACCAGCCGGAAACCCAGGAGCCUCAGGAGCCCCAGGACAAGACGGAGCUCCAGGACCACAAGGACCAGCCGGACAAGACGGAAACCCAGGACAAUCUGGAUCAGACGGACAACCAGGACAACCAGGAGGACCAGGACUUCCAGGAAACGACGCCGCUUACUGUCCAUGCCCACCUCGCUCUGCUGUCUUCGUCUCCAGAUUCGCUCACUAA